AAAAUUUAAAAAAAAAUUAAUAAUUUUGUUUAAAUAUAUUAUUUAACUUUCUAACAGUUAUUUUCUUUAAGUUUAAUUGUUAAAAUUUAUUAUUCAACUCACACACACACACAUACAUUCAUAACAUCUUUAAAAUUCGUUGUCGUUCCUGUAUACAUGUUUGUGUUUUAGUCGUAUUUAUACGUUAACAUCCUUAACGUCGUCGUAGUUAUUGUUCUUUUCGUUGUUAUCAUCGUCGUCCUCGUCGUCGUCGUUGUUUUCUUCGUUCUCGUCAUAGUUAAUCGUUAUUAUCGUUAUAUAUUAAACAAUAUAAGUGUGUUAUUUUAUAAAUCCCUUAAAAAAAAUAAAACCAAAAACGAAAACCUUUAUACUUAAAACCUGAAUUAACAAAAAAUUAACAAGGAUAACAAAAAAAAGAAAGAAAAAUUCUGAAAACAACAAAAAAAACCCAAACAGUGUGUUUUACUUUCUACAUUAUAUUUUGCAUAUUUUUCUCUUAAGUUUUCAAAAAAAAGUGUGUGGAAAUUCUUUUUUUUAUGAAAAAAAUUAGUUUUCUAUUUAAAUAUCUAACAUGGCUAAAGUUAAAACUAAAAAUAUUAUAUUAAAACUCUAAAAGGAUUAAUCAGCAAACACUUUUUAAUUGGAAAUUAAUAAACAUCUUUAAAAAGAGUGUUACAUGAACAGACAAUAUCCGUUUGAUGUAACAGUACAUAAAAACCAAAAAAAAGAAUCAAAUGUAAUCAAUGAAAUUGAUAUCACAAAAUUUAAUUUUUAAUCUUAGAAAAAAUCCACGAAAAUCGUCUAUAAAAUCUCGUGCAAUAACAGACAAAAAAGAAAUAAAAUACGUGAUUUAUAUUUCACAAAAUUUUAAAAGUUGUAGACUAAACGUGUUGAUAAGAAAAUUUUACAAUAAACCUAAUGAUGAUGGGGCCAUGAGCCCAUCAUUACCGACAUUGAGUUGGAGUCGCAAGCGCGUCUCAAGCGGGCCUGCACCAUGCUAGCACCGCCGAACCCGAGGUCAAUAUGCGGCCAGGACCCGGGCUGGUCGUGAUGGCGCUUGCGUUUAUUUCGGGGGCUCGGCGUGGCAGCACCAGCAGCAUCAGUUCAAAGACUACAACAACGUCGUCACCACCACCACCAACACUACAAAUUUUAACUACAACAACACCAGCAUCAUCAUUAACAUUAUUUCAAACGACCGUAACAACAUCACCAAAGUUAUCAUCCUCUUUCUCAUUAAUUUCUUCUACUACUACUACCACCACCACCUCCACUCCACCAACAACAACAGGCGACACCAUCACAACCACGUCAUCACCACCAACAACACAACCAAUAAAAAUUUAUGAAAAUUUUGGUUUUUUCGGCUCACAUCCAUUCAAGGAACAAGAAAACGACCAUCAAAUCCAUCUCAGUAAACGGCCCAAAGAACCAGUGCCCUUUAACUUUUUUAAUACAUUUUUUACUCGCAACUCAUACAACUCGAAUCCCUCUACGUCCAACUAUUUUGCCUACACGUAUCCGCUGCCCUCGCACUUAACACAACAUUACGACGAUCCGCGUGCUCGUACGGAAUCGAAUACUGUUUUGCACACGGCAAAACAUACGCGUCGCGCGAACGCGAAAUUUCGUCGGCGACGAAAAAGAAGAACGCGAAGUGCUAACGUUAACUAUAGGGGCAGCGGAACUGGCAGCGACGACGCUGCCGAGAAUCUCAACGAUUCAGACGAUACACUGACCUCACUGACAACGGCUGUCGACAGCAGCAGUGACAGUGUAUUAAGUGAUCAAACAACACUAGCCCGCGGUCUACCCGUACACUUUCCUUCACUAACCGCCGCCGAUUCGUCAAGAUCCCUUGACGAAGACGAUAUAUUUGCCUUAGUAGCCGAGGACGAUCUUCUAUCCGAAGAGUCCUUUGAUCAUUUGGUUAAACUAACAAACGACAAAAUUGGUGACACGAACGAAGAAGACUAUAGCAGCGGCACGGAGACUGUAGUCGAGUCAUCGAGUGGUAGUGGCAGUGGUGCUCCAGACAAUGUACUCGAUGCACCAGAUCAGCAAAAUGCUAUUGAGGAUUUUGUGCGUGAACAUCGGCAGCAACAGCAACAACAAGAGCAUGAUCAGCAACAAGAAGAUCAUAAAGAAAAUCCUCAACUUCAAGAUGACAAUGUUGGUGACAAUGGGAAUAAAGAUAAACCCAAUAGAGAUCAUGAUUCAGAACAAGAUGAUGUUGAUACGAUUUAUACCGCUCAUUUAGUGGGCAAUAGCAACGAAAAAGUUGUUUCACUAGCCGAAACAGACUCAACACACUCUUCAGAUCCAGUUAGAGCCAUCGAGAAAGAGGAUAAUUUAGUAAGAGCAACAACAACAACAACAACUACCACAACAAAACAUCCAAAGGCAGAGUUAGAUAGUCCAAAUAGAUAUCAUACGAUAUUGGGUAGUAAUUUUGCACUAACACGCCUUAAUCCUUGGAUAUCAGCUUGUGAUCUGGCACAACCUGGUCCAUUAUCAGCACCAGAUUUGCAGGUAGGUUUUUUUUGGAAUUUUAUAGUAUAAAAACAAGGACUAACUAUAAAGGACAGGAUGUAAAGGAACAUUUAUUAGAUCCUGUUUAUAAAAAUGUUUCUAAAAUUUAUUUUAUUCUUCACAUUUAUGUCCUUCUGGUAUUCUUUUUUUUUCUCUUUUUUCUUAAUCAGUCACAUGUCAAAUUACUUUAAUUACUUGUGAUUGUCUGUUCAAUUGUGUAAGUGUGUGUGUUUGUGGGGGAAGGCGUGAAUGCGUGUAUUUUUAUUUAUACUUUAUAUGGAUGUUUAAAUGUAUGAAUUUACUUUUUAAAACGAAUGAAUGAAUAAGAAAUAAAGAAAUAAAUAAGUUAAUAUAUUUCUUUUUAAUGUCAGAGUUUAGACAAAUAA